UUAAAGAUACAGCCAUAGUUAUUUACAGUAAUAUAGCAUGUAUUUUACCAUUUUAAUCAUAAAAGAGAAUAAAUAAUAUUAAUAUAAUGUAUAUUUAUAACCUAUAUCGAAAAGUUAAUUCAACCUGAAAUAAGUCAUUAAGUUUUUUAUAGUAAGUUACAUUGCAGCCGGCAAUACGAAAACACGUCUUCUUGAGAGAUUGUUCAUUAUUUAUGUCACAAUUUUCUAAAUCCAGACAUGGUAAAAUUAACAAUUUCAAUUUUAUUUAUCUAUGGGUCACAAAUGUUGUUAACACUUGCCAAACAACCCGAAAAAUCAGAGGAGAAUCGACAAGAACUCCUGCUAUGCCGCAAGUGUGGAACUGACGUGGCCGACUCUUAUUACUUAUUUAAUCAGCAAAGUCCCGGAGCUCGUAAAAGUGAAAGAAGAAAACUAUUUGGCAAAACCAAUGUAACUGUGCAGACAUUAGUAAAUCCAUUUGGUGUCCAGUUUGAGAUUGUCACUACAGAAAAAGCCAGAUGCCAUAAUAUUGGCAAUCCACAAGGUGCAGACUCUUGGUUCCCUGGUUACUCAUGGCGGAUCUGCACUUGUCCCCACUGUGGAGCGCAUAUUGGCUGGACAUUUGAGAACUCCUCUGUGGGGGUGACAGCCAAGUCCACUUCAGCUAACAGAUUUCAUGGAUUAAUCUUGAGCAACAUUUUGGGAGAAAACUUUACAGAUUCCCUGAUAAUGAUGCCAAAUAUUUACAAAAUGCAAUGACUAAUGAGUAACAAUAAAUCUAAAGUCAAGACUUGUGAGUAUAGGUUGGUAUACCUAAAUGAUUAUUAAAUUUAAACAUUCAAUAUAUGAUGUUGCACUAAUUAUAUCGAAAUUUCUUACUGUUUGAAUGACCUUCCUCUUAAGUAAAUAUAAAUUUGAUUAUAAAAUA